AUGAGACCCUUGAUUGCCGGUAUAAUCAGAGUGGGAUCGGAUUUGGGUUUUAUUGUUGCUUUGAUAAUCGCCAAUACUAUUCUGCAGAAUGUUUCUCCAUACAAAAGAGGAUACUUUAUUCAAGAUGAAUCAAUCAAAAAACCAUUUAGGCCGAACACUAUAUCAAGUACUGUUCUUUAUGUAGUUUCCUCACUACUAAUACUUAUUACGAUAGUUGUGGGGGAAGUGAUUGUUGGUGUAAAAUCUUUAAGACGAACUUACCAUAAUAUACCAGUGAUUUUGUAUCCAGUUUAUGAUUCUCUCAUUGUAGCCUGUUUUGGCUACUUCGCUACAAUCGGUCUUACGGAUGUAGGUAAAGUUUCAUUUGGUCGUCUUCGUCCAAAUUUUCUUGAUGUGUGCAAACCUUCUAACCUUCAAACUACGAUCAUGGGCUAUGUUGGUAAUUUUACUUGUUCAUCAAACAAAUCAAAUGCCCCGAGAAAAUCUUUCCCAUCUGGACAUACUUCAAUUGCAAUAUAUACAGCUAUAUUUCUAUGUCUUUAUAUUCAAAUGCGAUUUUCGCGUUUCCGCAUUUAUCCAAGUGUAAGAACAUGUCUUCAAGUAAUCUAUAUUGCUCUUGGAUUAGUUGUUGGAUAUUCACGUAUUAUCGAUAAUAAACAUCAUUGGUCUGAUGUACUCGGUGGUGGUCUAUUAGGAUUUUUUGUAGCACUUAGUACUCUAUACUAUCUCCCGUAUGUUGCAGACAUUGAAAAUUCUUUGCCUACUUGCAGAGAUGAUCAAGUGACCCUAGAAUAUUUUCCAAUGAAUGAUUAUUUAUGUAAUGGAUCAGUUGGUUACUUUAAUAAUAAGUCAUUAGAGCGGAAUUCGAAGCUCCAGAGAGUUCGAUCUUCAGUCCACAAUAGGCUAUAUAUCUAA